UAAAAAAAAAAUACUCUGUUCCGUUUCGCUGAUAGGAGAUGAAAAAUACCUUCGCUUGGUCUAUUGCUCCAAUAAUCGUGUUUCUUGGUUUUGACCACGCAAAUCCAAUGGUUGAAUUACCUUUGGGGAAAGUCCAAUUAUGCUUCAAGGUCAUUGUUUACUUCGAGAGUUGUUUUCCAUUACAUAAGAUUGUUCUUAUCGGGUGCAUUUUGUUGAUGUGCUACAGCGGAAAGUGCAGCCCAAAAAAAAAAAAAAAAGGCUUAAAUACACUCUCACUCUCGCUGUUCAAAAUUUGCUUCAACAUUAUCGGUGAGCUUGGACACUUCGCAACAACUUUGUCAACCGAAUUUUUUUAAAGGGUGAUUUUUAUGUGACAUGGCGACUUCUGACCAUAAACUAAACAAUAUGGAGCAAGAAAUGCUAAAGCAGUUUCGUAACGCCUUAGACGAUGUUUUGACUCCAGAACAUACAGAUGCCGUAUUGCUGAAAUGGCUCAGAGCCCGGAAUUUUAAUUUGAAAAAGGCUGAAGAGCUCUUUAGACAGAAUCUGUGGGGUAGAGCUGUUUAUAACGUGAAGUCACUUUUAUCUACCUACAAAAAACACGAGAUUGCAGAAAAAUUUGAGUUUGCGAGCUACCUUGGAGCAGCAAAAGACGGUACACCCCUGCGUUACGUAGCCUUAGGUAGAGGAGACUUCUAUGGUUUUAUCAUGAGUAUGUCAACGGCUGAUAUAAUUUAUUAUGCUACUUACUUGCUUGAAUAUGAUAUCCAGAAGACGAAAGAGCAAACAAAAAAGACAGGAAAAGAGAUCAAUGAAAUCACCUAUAUCUUCGAUAUGGAGCAUUUUUCUCUGCACCAGUGUACCUAUACUUGCGUUGUGGAAACGGGACUGGAUCUGAUGAGAAUGUUACAAGAUUACUAUCCAGAAAUUUGGAAAAAUGUACUAGUCGUUAAUGCGCCGUUUUAUUUCUAUCAAGCAUUUAACAUCUUGAGGCCUAUCUUAAGGUACAAUCUUCUGCAGAACAUUCGAGUAGUAUCAAAAGAGAAUACUCCAGAGCUAUUACUGAAGUACGUAGACCCUGAAGUAUUGCCAGCUUUCCUCGGAGGCCAAAGGGUUGAUUCGAAAGGAGAUCCCAUGUGUUCUGAGUUCAUCAAAUUUGGAGGCAUCGUUCCUGUAGAAUAUUAUAUAUACAACAAACCUUAUCUUCAGAAGAGAAACCCUAAUUCCGAAACCAUAUUGAUUCCACCUAGAUCCUUCUACAACUACCCAAUUAUUGUCCGAGAAGCAAAUUCUAUCUUACGGAUAGAGUUCGAUACAAAAGGAGGCUCUGUUCCUAUAACGUUAAUCUUCAGACCAUUCGGUAAAGAUCCAGAGGACUUGGAUAUACCAUUGAGAGAUGAGUAUCUAGACACUAAUAAUGAGAAGCACAACGUUUUUCUGAUCAGCCCAACUAUCAGGCCACAAACCCACCUUGUUCCUAUCAAUUACCACAAUUAUGCUCCUUGGCCGGGAAUUUAUAUCUUCAAGUUCGAUAAUUCACGCAGUUUGCUGACAUCAAUAAAACUCGACCUUUAUAUCCAAGUUGAGCCACCUCAUUCCUGAUGUAUAUUGUAUUUUAUCGUAAAAAAAUUCAACUAUACGUAAUUUAUAUCCUGAUAUAACGCAUUAUUAUAAGCACAUGAAGAUGCUUAUAAUUUUCUUCCAUAUGAAAUGAUUUGUGAACUGCGAAAAUAUUCAAGUCUUAAUUUAAUGUCACUUAGUAAAUAUUUAUUUACAUUAUUUCAUAUAUAUUUUCAAUAAUUUAAUAUUUACUUUUACAUUAUACUAUUGGAAUAUUUACCAUUACGUUUCUUUGUUAUUAAGUUUGUUUAGUAAAAGAACCCAUCUACCUGUUCUAUUAUCAGUCUGCAGAUUAAAAUAAUAAAUGAAAAAAAAUAUCUAUGCAGGCAUAAAUUCAUAAAUUAGCUUGGUUAUUUAUGUAAUAUUUAAUAAAUUAUAUUGUUAAUUACAUAAGAAAAUUAAUGGAAACAGAUUCAUUCAUGUAUCUAACUUAACAUGUAAAUAACAUGUGCUUUCCCUUAACAUAUUCUUGCAUGAUACAUAACUAACUAUAGUUUCUUUUAUUGGAAGAGCAAUUCGAUUUCAAAGCAAUCUGAAUUUUAUUCAUAGUUUAUUUUUUAUGGUUUUCUAAAUACUUAGAAUAGUAUAAAAUUUCAGAAUUUGUUAUGAUAAAUUAUAUCAUUAAUUUGAAACGUAGGAAUAAUGCAAACUACUUUAUAUGUUAUGCACUUUUAUUGUUAUUAAUGUCCUUCACUCGAUAAUUUUUUUGUUUUAUUUAUUCCUGUUAAUGUAAAUAGUUUAAGAGAUAGAUACAUUUUGAAUGUCUUGAAAAUCCUCUGUUAAGUAAAGAAAAUAAAAAACCUCAUUUUAAAAACGGCAUUUUCUUUAAUGAAGCACAAUAAAAUUCAAAUAUUUUCAUAUCAAAAUUAUUAUUUUUUUUUUAAUAAAACGAAAAAAAAGAUUUUAAAUAAAUAACUAACUAAAUUAAACGCCAGUAAUAUUUAUAUAUAUAACUAAUAAAUAAUUGUUAUUUCUGUCUAAUUAUAAAGCUACUAUUAGCAUAAAACUACAUUUAAAAAGGCUUAUUGUGAAUAUGUCGUUGCUAAUUCAAAUAAAUAACUUGCAAUAAUAAUAUUCUGUAGUGCAUGUUAAUUUUUAAUGAAUGCAAUAGAAGAAGUUGCACUUUUAAAAAAGGGCAGUACUUAUUAUCGUGGAAGGAAGUUUAAUAUAAGAAAUAAAUGUUACAACAAAUUGUAUUUCCUGAAAAUAUUUAACACAUUGAACAACAGGACGCAGCAUUAUACAAAGAAAAGGAAACUUUUCCUGAUAUAAAAACACACAGACAGCAUAUUAACGCAGCUGACCAUAACAUUUCUAACGUUUAUAUUCAAAAUACUGCUAGAAUAUUAUGCAUGAAAUACAAAACUGAAUCAAAAGGAUCUUAGAUUUUUAUUCUUUCAUAGAAAUCAUGCAAUUAUCUGCAAUCCAUGCAAUUAUCUGCAAAUGCUUAUAAGUGAUAUAUCUUUAAUAAUAACGAAAACCUUAUAUACAUUUAUAAUCUUCAUAUAUAAUUGUUGACACAUCUAUAGCCCAAAGCGGCGUUAGUCCAGAAAGGUUCAGACGGUGGUAUAAAUGUCAAAAAUGGUUUGAGCCGACCUUCGUUGUUAGGUUACCAGACUCAGCAACAUUUGGUUUAGGGAUUUUGGCAUAAAGUUUGAAGUUUUCAAUUCGAUGCCGACAUGGUAAAAAGUCGACCAAUCGGAGCAAAAGCCGGAAACCUAUUGACCGGAAGAGCUGACGACACAACCACGCAUGCGCAAAUUUAAUUUCUCUAACUGGCUACGGCUUACACCCUGUCUCACAAGCAUGAACAGAAGCCCUGCAUUUUAUGCCUUAUGCCUCUGUGACAUUUAUGCCACCGUCUGAAAGGAGCAUUAAUCUCGAAAAGCCAUUUUACAUCGGUUAACUAUAAACGUCCAUUUCAAAUUGCUUCUACCAGAUAUUAUCGCCUUAUAUUAUAAAUUUAGAGAACGUAAAUAAUCAAAAAUGUGCAUCAAUGUAUAUAUGUUUCUCUCAGUGUGAUAAAACAACGGUACCUAGAACCAUCAAAUUUUGAAUAACUUAAUACUCCACCCAAAUAUGGGCAGCUGGAAAUCAGAAUUUGCUUUAUUUUCUAUUUUAUAUUUUGUAAAAUCUUAAAGAAUUUUUGAUUAAGAAAGUCAACGAUUUCAAAGCAAGCAGUAGCAAUACUAUAUGGGAGAAAAAAUUAUAUCUAUAGCGCGAGAUUGUCUAUCAGAAAUUUUAAAGAUAUGCUGUUUUUAAAUGUUUUCCUGCCUGAAGGAACAUUAGCCUAAUGAUCUCGAAACUUGUAUGUGUGUGUAAAUGAAAAAAAUGACCCUUUGUGCUUUAAUAUAAAAUGUGAAAGCUUU